ACACAGGAACAUUGGCCAUAACCCAGGCCCCAGGGGCGCGUUAAGGAAUCUCCGACAGCAGCGCAACGUGCAAUGCUUGAUGCAUCACGCUGGAUUUCUCUUCUUCCUGACCUCUUGGUAACAUCAAAUACUCUUGUCGUGAAGCAACUGACGACCAGCUCCAGGAGGCAAAUUGCUUUCGACCGAGUUGGAAACUUCAAAUCCGUACUAUCAACGUCAGGCCUGCAGGGCACGAGGAGAGUUCACCGCCGCUCCUUCAAACUUCAAACACUCAUUCAAACACAUACGAAGGAUAGGUCCCACCGAAGUUGGCUACUUGCUAAUUUCGCUUGAAAAACAUAGGUCAUGAAAAAAACAUCGAUGCCGCCUCCAGCUUCGGCGACCAGUAUGAUUCUGACACCAGUAAUGACAUUGAAGUGUCAUGAACAGAGCGUUUCAUCCAUAUCCUACUUCCCAGACGGCAAGCAGAUGAUCAGCGGAUCAAGGGACAAGACUGCUCGAAGAUGGGAUAUGCAGAAGGGCAAGGAGAUUGCGGAGGCGCGGGAUGUUUGUGAGGAAGGCAUAUAUGCGGUGGCGGUUUCAAGGGAUGGUCGAUAUGUCUCCAUUGGUGGUGGAGAGCUUGAUAAUGGGGAGCUCAAGGCCUGCGAGGUUGAGACCGGGAUCGUCAAAACGUUUCAAGGCCACUCACAGAGGGUUACCUGCAUUGAUAUAUCCUCGGACAGUACGCUGCUGGCAAGCGGAUCAUGGGAUGCUACAGCGCGAAUAUGGAGCUUGAAGACCGGCGAACUCGUGGCCGGUCCCUUCAGGAGUGUUGAUUGGGUGGGUGUUGUUCGAUUCUCGCCAGACUUGAAGAAGCUCGCAGUGAAGUCAGAGGCGAGGAACUGCCUUGAGGUCUGGGAUGUCCACGCAGAGACAUUGGACGUCAGAGCAGGAAAAUCUGGCGGCAAUCCGAGCAUGACAUUUGCGCCAGUGUUCUGGACGAAUGAAAACAACACCAUCAUAGCAGCAUGCGAUUUCACAAAUGAUGAAGCUACAACGAUCCAUGAGUUCGAUGCGUUCACGCUAGAGACAGUUGGAGCUGCAUUCGAAGGCCACACCAAAUGUGUCACCGAUCUAGCAUUGUCAUCUGACGGUGCUCUCGUCGCCAGUAUUUCCCAAGAUCACGACAUUAAAUUAUGGGCCUUCGAGACCCGCCAGCUCCUCGCCUCAUUCCACGUUCAGAAUGUUGCGUUACUCGUGCCCUCACCCGACUUACGCCACCUAGCUUACACGACCGCUGGUCGCGAGAUCUACAUAUGCAACACUCCACCCUCUGUGCUGGCUGCGCUGGAAGCACAGUCCACCAUCUCAAAACCCAAUAAAAAUCUCGAGCGUUUACUCCAGUCCGAUGCAACCCGUCGCCCUACUGCAGUGCGUCAUAACCUAGGGACGUCGCCUGCCACAUCCUUUACCCCUAGGCGGCAAAGACCUCCACCUACUGUAGACCGACAACAGCCCAUUUAUCUUCGCCUUAGAAACCUCCUUCACUUCACUUCUGGCACGAACGCCGUUCCCCCUGAUCGCAGCAAUCAACCUCGUGGUCCCCUAGAUUUUCCUGCUACGUCGCCCCUGCCUCCCAACCGCUCCGCUUCGUUGCAGGCCGGAACUCAGUUCGAUCAGUUCGAAAUAAGUUCUCCGCCUAACCCCUCGAACGGAGUUACACAUUUUCUACGUCAGCACCUUUCUUUCCUCAUACCAAGACAUAGCCACGGUCCACCGGUCGUUGAAGUCGCAGCCGGGCGGAAAUUCACUCGUCUUGUUGCUGCCAAUUUACCUGAAUACAGGAAAGUUGAUGAUACACGGCAUCCUUCUAGUCAACAAUCUGGAGUGCUUCAGGAUGUUGAAUCGUCUGACAAUGAUUCACUCCCAGACACUGAGGAUGCCUCCUCGAUGGCGAUUGGAGCGCGUUAACAGAUCCCGCCAGGAUGGCGUGACGAGUAGCAACCGUGACGCGGCUCAUGGUCACAGUUAGCUCAGGAAGUGGCCGGUUGUGUUUCUGCUUCUAAAGUGAUUCCCUCGAGGAUGUUGGCAAUGCACAAUAGUUCGUAGUUUGUAUUAGUUUGUAUACAUACUGUUUCAUUUUGAUUACUUGUCGUCCUUGUAUCAAUGGCACACGCGGAAUAUAGGACUCGCGUCCUCGGUCUGACACUCGCAGAGUCGCAAUUGACCACGCGCCCAGCAUCAUGGUGAUCCAAGUGUGCUCCGAGAAAAUGUAUCGAAUGCAUUG